AAAGUUCAAGGAAAGAAGCCGAAGAAGAAAGAAAAAAAGCCUACCGCCGCCACCAUCCAAAAGCAGUCAUUAUUGAAGAAAUUGACAACUUUAUCGCCAGUUUUAACCAGAUUGCCGGGAUUAAAGAUAAUUUUGAAAUUAGCGAAACUUUGCUGCGAUUGAGAGACCGAGGAUUGAUAAUUCGGGCUGACGAUGAAAUUACUCCUCAAUUCAUUUUACUGAACCGGGAAAUCACUCCUACUUUGGCUGACGCUUUGGUAACUAUUCAAGUAAUCGCUGCUGAUAUUAAUACGAGAGAUUUAAAUUUAAGAGGAGACGAAACUGCUCCUUAUCAUGCUUCUCUUAAUCCCGCCACUGAACCUUUUGAAAUUGACGCUUUGACAAAAACUAAAUUUAUCUUUUACUCUCGCGAAAUAUUUACAUCAAGAGAUUUAUCAGAGGGAAAAAGAACCAAAUUUACUGCUCUAAACGACUUUCUCGACCCCGAGUUUCGUGGUGCGGCUUCGGCGACCGGAGAAGAAGGCACUUUUCUGCUUAAUCCUCUCUAUGUAAGAAAAGUCCGAGCAAAAAGUCCAAUCGCAGCCUAUGUAGAAAGCGAAGGAGUAAUAGAACCUAAUUCUAUCCAAGAAGAAUGUUACGACAAUUUACGCGCUAUCGACGAAAAUUUACCGGAAAGCAGUUUAGACACUUAUGGAUUAGCCAGGGCGAGAACGGAUAAUAUAUCCACCAAAGACUAUGCUAAUGCGGAGAAUACUGGAUUGUUUACCACAUUUGAUGGCAUAACUGUCAACCCCAUAUUAACGGAUAAAAAUGAUACACAUACUGUAAGGAAUGAAGACGAACUUCGAACAGGGUUUAAUCGACAAGUAGAUCACAUUAACGGCAAUUAUACUAGGCUUGCCGGUGAUUUAAGCGAAGUGAGAAAAGCGAUUGAUUUUUUAAAUUCUUUUGCGGAAAGUGCCCCAAAUACUCCGCGAAGUAGAGUUUGGGAAGGAAAUACCGACUCUCAGAAUCUUCUCCAAGAUUUAAGAGCAAGGGAAAUAGUGUUAGUUGAAAGAGCAGCCAGAGAACGCGAGAACGCUCGUCGACCAUUACCAAGCUGGACUUGGAAACUUGGCGGAGACUCAACAGAUCCCGUCGCAAUAUUUAAUGAAUAUGGUGAAGAAGUCGCAUAUCCAAUCGAAACGCUAGAUAAAGCAGCACUAGAUGAGGCUCAUAGUAUUCGUUCAGUUAUUACAAAUCCAACCAAUUUUUCUGAUUUAGUAAAUGGAACUAUAUUCACCGCACCAAACAAAGACAGCCGCGUUGGCGAGAUUACUGCUGACGUAGCCGGUAGAGAUACCUUUAACAGAAAUUUCACUUAUACUUCAUUUGGCAUAGAAACAGUUGGUGUUAAACCUUACAACCAUGACAAAAAUCAAUUAGAUAACGUUCACGAAAUUAUAAAAGAUAUCAACGCGAAAACUGUUGUUAACAUGGAUGAUUUAAACGAGGAAGCUGGAAAAGAGAUUUUCGACCGAAUUGAAGCAAUUACAGCAGUUGAUAAUGCUAAGCUACCAAAUAUUCGCAAAAAAGAAGGAAGAAUUACCAAUUUUGUUCUCGACCCUAAAACUUUCACUUAUACUUCUCACGGAGUAUCAACCAACAAUGUAGACCCAAGAACCCAAAAAAAAGCUGAUUUAGAUUUUAUUCAUGUUUUCCGUUCCUUUGGUGCUAAUGGGGUCAGCAAUGAAGACAUUUUGGCAUACAAGAAAACAAGUCUUAAUGGCAAUUAUCAGAUUACUGGAACCGAAGCAAGACAAGCUUACGACCUGGGCUGA